AUCGAAUGGAGUGGAGUGCGGGGACGAAGAUGAUCCAGCGGGCUCGGUAGGAUGGUCUAUAGUGUGGCUUCUCGCUUCCCCAAAAAGGAGAGAGGGGUAAGAUAUGCGGGGCCCCACAUGCAGCGAGGGGGUCAAGCAGCUCCAACCUCGCGUUGUUAGCUACCUUGUGCUUCUUGGCAGAAUAACGGCAUUUCUCCAAUCGCGGGCAUUGGCAAGGUCAUCCUUGUUGAUGGUAGUUUGGAGAAAUGUUUCAUGGUUGAUGGAGCCGACGGGAGUGACCAUUUUGGUGAUGUGCUAGACCUGUUUAUUUCGUCUUUCUUGUGAUAAAAGUUAUGUCUGUUUGAAUAGUGAUAUUAGUGUGAGCGGCAUCUGAACACCACUACCUAACACUCUCUACUCUCGUCUAGUUGUUACGUCCUAGCAACUUCAAUUGGUGCCUCUACCCUUCUCGACGGCUGCUGAAGGAAUGAGAGACAGGCUGCUACGAUGGCAUUCUCCUUUCUGCCUCUCGACGGGUCUCUGCCCGCAAAGACUAUUUUCGCUUCGAUUGUGUUGGUGAUUAUACUACAGCGAAUAUUCGUCAGCUAUGUCGGCGGCAAGAAGUACAAACUCCCACCACGAGUACCCGGUUUGCCCGUGGUUGGCAACACGUUCCAGAUACCACCAGGCAAAGGCGGAUUAUGGGGCAUUGAGCAAGCAAAGAAAUACGGAGAGAUGUUCACGUGUAAAAUCGGCGUCAACACAUGGGUAUUCUUGAACUCGAGCCGAGUAGUCAACGACCUCAUGGAGAAGCGUUCGAUAUUAUACUCCUCACGUCCAAACCAGCCGAUGACAGACAAGAUCAUGUCGGGCGGGAACCGCAUCCUCCUGAUGCCGUACAACGACCGGUGGCGCGCUUUGCGGAAAAUCAUGCAUGCCAUCCUCAACAAAACGAACUUGACGACGUUCCAGCCAUUCCAAGAUCUGGAAUCUAAACAUCUGAUUUAUGAUUAUCUGCAUAAUCCAGAUAAGUGGUAUAAUGCCAACCAGCGAUUUGCCAACUCGGUGAUCUUGAGCGUGGUGUUUGGGAAGAGGAUGGAGCUUGGUGAUCCGAGGACGACGGAGUUGUUGGAGACUUCUUCUGAGAUUCUGAAUGCGAUGCAGCCUGGUGCUAGUAUCGCUGACGUCCUUCCUGCGCUGGAGAAUUUGCCAAAGCCGUUGCAGUGGUGGAGACCAAGAGGAGAGAGAGCUUUUCAGAAGUGCUUGAAAGUAUAUCGAAGAGAAGUCGCUGAGCUGAAAGAAAAAGAGAAGAAAGGCACUGCUCGCGAAUGCUUCGCAACUGAAUUCCUCAGCAGUCCAGAAACCGCUAAAAUCGCCGAAGAACAAAGACUCUUCGCCCUCGGUUCUCUUCUCGAAGCAGGUAGUGACACCUCCAGAAUGGCAAUUAGCAUCCUGCUCUCCGCAGCAGCAACCGACAAGCGCUGGGUAAUCACCGCCCAGAAAGCCCUCGACUCCGUCUGUGGACCCAACGCUGAGCGCCUUCCGACUUUCGACGACAAGCCGAACCUUAAGUAUAUCACUGCAUGUGUGAAAGAGGCUUUUCGAUGGAGACCAUUUGCCGAGAUUGGGUUGCCGCAUAUGCUGACGCAGGACGAUGAGUACGAAGGGUACAAGUUCCCUGCGGGGACUCUGUUUACGUGGAAUGCGUUGCAUAUUGCGUUGAAUGAUGAGGAGUAUGAGGAUGCGCAUCGGUUUUGGCCGGAGAGGUUUUUGAAUGCGGAUUUGAAUAGUGUUUUGAAGGGGCAUUGGAGUUUUGGUCCUGGAAGGAGAGUAUGCUCCGGAUACAACGUUGGAGAAUCAAACGUCUGGAUUGCACUUGCAAGGUUACUAUACUGUUUUGAAUUUGAACAAAUUCCAGGCCAACCAAUCGAUACACUGGCCAUCGACUGGCUGGAGCACCGAUGGGCACCAUUUCCUGUUUCCAUAAAAGUCAGGAGCCCAGCACACGCAGCUUUGGUGGAUCGGGAAGGGAAGAUUGCGGUCGAGACGAAGUAUUGA